AAGGUUAUCAUGACUCUCUUCUUUGGUUCUCAAAUACUACCACUUGUGCCAUUUUGUUGGAUAUUCACUAACGCUAUUGCUCCCUUUUUAUCGUUGUCGCAGGGCCCUCAAUAAUUCGCUAUUUCCUUCAUUUCUCAGCAGAAUGUCUCAAGAUCCUUCACAGAAUCCGCCUUUUCCCUUUGAAAGACCUUGCUUGUCAAUUUGGCAGAGGACGACUCGCCAUAACCCUUUGCUUCAUGAAGGCGCUUCCUCUCCAAUACCAUCUACAGCCGAUGCAGUUGUUAUAGGUUCCGGCAUGGCGGGAGCCGUGACUGCGUACGAAUUGUUGUCGGCGCCGAAUGGACCCAAAAAUAUCGUAAUGCUCGAAGCCAGAGAGGCCUGUUCCGGCGCCACAGGUAGAAAUGCGGGACACUGUCGUCCAGAUGCUUUCCGUGGAUUCGCCGCAUUUUCUAAAAUCCACGGCCCCGAGCAAACAAUAAAGAUUAUCGAGCACGAGAAGCUCGUUCUUCAACUCGUCAAACGGUUUAUUGAUACCCACAAGAUUGAGUGCGACUUUGAUUACUGCAAGACCUUUGAUGUUAUCAUGGGAGAGGAUUUCUUUCGAUAUGUCACCAGCAGUUUUGAAUCCUUCAAGCAAUUUGGUGGCGACACGGCUGGCGUAACGUGGUUGGAACAAGAUGAAGCGCGAAAGGCAACUCGUGUUCCUGAGGCCCUUGGCGCAUUUGAGUGGAAUGCCGCAAGUCUUCACCCGGCAAAGCUUUGUCUUGCGGUCCUUGCCAUAGGUCGCGAUCUUGGUUUAUCCCUUUUUACGCAUACGCCUGCAACGGCGAUCGAACGUUCCGGCGACAAGAAUUGGGUUGUAAGUACUGCUCGUGGUUCUAUUACGACACCCAUCGUCGUUCAUGCUACCAACGCCUUUGCCGAUACCCUCCUUCCCCAAUUAAAGACCCUCAUAACGCCUAUGCGUGCUCAAGCUCACAAGAUAAUCCCAACCCCUUCGUUUUCAUCGACGAGUAUGCUUACACAUACCUAUUCACUGCGAUUCGCUUUACAUCACUUCUAUUCGCUUAUACAGCGCAAGUCGGAUGGAACGCUAGUCUUGGGCACCAGUCGGGGUAUUCCUGGCCUCAGCGAAGCCACACGUGCUGAACUUGCUUGCAAAAAUGACCGGGUAUUUAAUGAGGAAAUUCAAGAAGAUGCGGUUCGAUCAUUCAAGAAGAUAUUUCCUGAUUUCGGAGAGGAGGCUCUGGGAGAGGGGCUGGAGUAUGGAUGGACAGGUAUACUCGGCAUGACUAAAGAUUCGGUGCCGUUUGUUGGAGCAGUUCCUGGUUGUCCGGGUCAGUAUGUCCUAGCGGGGUUCAAUGGUCAUGGAAUGGCGCGUAUUUUUGGUUGUGCACCUGGUCUAGCACAGAUGGUUCUCGGGGGAAACUGGGAAGAUACAGGGAUGCCGGAAUGCUUCCAGAUCACCGAAGAGCGGAUGGCAAAACUAAGACAGUGAAGGUAAGUAGAAUAAGAUUAGAUGACUGUAUGUCAAGCGGUCCCAACAUUGUAUCCGACUAUUCUAAGUGACAACUUGAAGUCAACAAGUAUGAAAGACGGAUGAACGUAAACGUUUAACGUAGCAUCGUCAGAUUUCGACACUGCCCAGGGAGGUAGUAUACUUAAGCAAUACUCUGCACGCCUCCAUCGUUAACUGGAUGCUAACCAUCCACCGACGACAUUCUACCGGACCAUUCCGCUGUCUAUAGAGGAGAGAGAGGAGCAGCUGUUACUCGAAGCGGCACGGCGAUAUUCGCAAAACUUUCCCGACUUUCGUAGGAACUUUGGUCA